CACGCCACUCCCCCCCACCGGGGGAGUCACAACCAACCGUCCUCUCUUUUCCCUUCUUUCCAAUGUUCUCAUCCCUGCCAGCGUGUCGCCACGCCACCUCUCCCAUCCGCAUCGAACUCGAACCCGAUACCGACCCCCCCUCGCGCGUUCAUCGGACCGGUUACGAGUCAACCUCCAGAACGACUCAUCCAUCCUCAUCGACAACGAUGUUUCUUUUCUAAUGCAACCGACGUGCCAUUUCCAUUCUUGUUAUUUCGAUGUGGUUAUAAAAUAGAGGGGGGGGAGAGAGAGAGAGAGAUAGAGAGAGUGGUGUUCGGAAGGUGUUCGUGAAGAGCUGGUUGCUCGCGGUUCUACAUCGGCUCUUGUCUGAGGCUGCGCCGCUGAUCUCUGGAUCGCGAUCAAGGCGCCGUUGCCAACGAUCUUAUACGCCGCCAUCGCAGUGUUUGGGCCUUGGGUACAGGAUAUUGUGGUUUGAGGUUUUAAAAUCUGUGGAUUUAUGAUUGUUUUUUUGUGUUUUCUUUUUCCAUUUUGAUGAUCUGUGGUUGUCUCCGGCUGGAUCUGUUUUUAUUUUGGUGUGGUUUCAAAUUGCUGGUAAGGAUUUAUUGGAACAAUGUGAAAGAAUGGAUCAGUUGAUGUAUGGGAAAUAUAGAUCGUAUUGUGAUUCAUGUACUUUUUGUGCAUGAUUGGCUAAAAUGGAAGCUGUCUAUCAAUCUGAUUUAGUAUUAAGUUUAAUGCUCACAGGAUGAAAUGCUGGUAUUGACAGAGUUUAAUUUGAUGAUUUUGAUUUGAUCCAGUGAGGAUCAAUCUUUAGUCACUUCAUUUGCUGCUAGGUUUUUGGUACCUGAAAAUUUGGGUUUUUUUUAAACAUUUGAUCGCUUUAGAUGGAGGGAAAUGUCUAACAUGGGUGCCCAAGAGAAAUAAUUUAGUCAUACAGUUUCCAUUGCGGUAGACAUUACUCUGUAUUCAGGUUGAGUGUUAGUGCAACAAAUAAUGGCUUCUCUGUGCUCAACAAUGAUGUGAAACACACACGAAAUAAUCCACAGAAGAAUAGGUGGAAUGCACAUCUCUCUUGGUAUAUCUAGAUAAGAACAACUCAUCACCUUUUGAGAAGAGUUGCUUUCUGAGUGAAAGAGGGCAACACGUAGCAUAUAAGUAGACCAAUUAGUGUUGAGUUGUUUUUACAAGGCAUGCAUUAUACGGAGAUAUGGUAAUAUUGGAAUAACACAUACUUUUUGAUGUUUUGCGUUAUUGUGCAAGAUCUGAUGAGUAGGGAAAACCAAACAAUAUGUAGAAUAGCAGAAUAUUUGCGACAAUUUUCUUAGAUUACUAUGUCUCUAAUUGAUGUGCAUUGCGACAAUUUUAAUUUGUUUGGGACACUUUUGAUAUUUUUCGUGUGAAAGCACUCAGCAAUUGCUCUCAAAAUCAUUGUAAUUGGUUACUUCUUUGGUUAUCAAACAAAGGUCACUAUUCGAAUAACCAUGCUAUAAUUUGCAGUUGGGCAAAGCAAUUACUGCAGGUUGCUUUUUUUUUCUUUUGUCAAUUGAAUAACCUUGGAAUUCUUUCUAUCUCUCUCACCAUUCUUUGUGUGUCAGAAUUAUAUCUACUAUUUUGGCUUAAAUAUUUGCUAUGGGCACUAUGCUAAUGAGCUUUGUUUCAGAUACAUUGGCGCUAGUGAAAACUUUGCGAUAUAGCCAAACAAUUUGACGAGUCUGAUUUGAUCAUUUCUUACAAGAAUGAACAUAAACUUGGAUAAAUCCCUCUAUUUUGUUCCUUUGCUAAACUCCACAAACCUAGUGGAUAAUAUGAAUAAUAGCUUACUGAGCCACUGAUUCUAUCCCAAGUCCUGACACGGCCACUACUUUGUUUUAAUUUUUGGAUGUGAACACUAGGCUAACAGGUGUUGUCUUUUAUGUAUUGGCGUGACUCUCUGGUUUUAAAAAAGAGAGAGAAAUGAUUUGUCAAGACUGAUUCCACCUUUUUGUUCAAGAAUAGACAUUAAUCUUAAAGAAAGAAAGUUCCUAGCGAGGAAGCCAAUCCAGAUUGGCAGGCUGUUGUCGUCAUCAGCAAAAGUGGCUCAUUCUAAAAAAGGCCUUCCCUUUCCCUGCUUCGAGCAGGUGUAGGAGGUAUACGUAUAAUCAUCAAUGAAUCCUAAAUCAGUAGAAGAUUUUCUGGAGUCUUCAGCUGGAGCUCAUUUUUCAGGUCUUUUGUUAGAUGAGUCCGGCCUAGGAAAAUCUGAACUGGACCAACCGACAACUUCAAAUGCUGAAAGUUUCCACCGGCAACCUUUUAUCAUUGGUGUUGCUGGUGGUGCAUCUUCAGGGAAGACCAGCGUAUGCAAUAUGAUCAUUGAACAACUUCAUGAUCAGCGUGUUGUGCUUGUGAACCAGGAUUCCUUUUAUUAUGAUUUGACUGAAGAGGAGCUAACUCGAGUUCAGGACUACAACUUUGAUCAUCCAGAUGCAUUUGACACUGAGAAAUUGCUGACAUGUAUGGAGAAUUUAAAGCUCGGUGAAGCUGUUGAUAUCCCAAACUAUGAUUUGAAGACUUAUAAGAAGAUAUUGCCAGCACGGAAGGUUAACCCAUCACAUGUCAUCAUUUUGGAAGGGAUUUUAAUCUUUCAUGAUCCACGUGUUCGUGAAUUGAUGAACAUGAAGAUCUUUGUUGACACAGAUGCUGAUGUACGUUUGGCAAGGCGGAUACGUCUUGAUACUGCUGACAAGGGAAGAGACAUUGGAACAGUAUUAGAUCAGUACUCAAAGUUUGUGAAACCUGCUUUUGAUGAUUUUAUUCUCCCAACAAAGAAGUAUGCUGACAUCAUCAUCCCACGUGGCGGAGACAAUCAUGUAGCAAUUGACUUGAUUGUACAACAUAUUCAUACAAAACUUGGUCAGCACGACCUCUGCAAAAUAUAUUCAAACCUUUAUGUCAUUCAAACUACUUUUCAGAUACGAGGCAUGCAUACAAUUAUACGUGAUGCAGAAACAACAACUCAUGACUUCAUAUUUUAUGCCGAUCGGUUAAUUCGCUUGGUCGUUGAACAUGGUCUUGGCCAUCUUCCCUUCAAGGAAAAGCAGGUGACCACCCCAACAGGAUCAGUUUAUAUUGGGGUGGAUUUCUGCAAAAGAUUAUGUGGUAUCUCUGUAAUUAGAAGUGGUGAAAGUAUGGAGAAUGCGUUGCGAGCAUGUUGUAAAGGAAUCAAAAUUGGGAAGAUUCUUAUUCAUAGAGAAGGAGAUAACGGUCAGCAGUUAAUAUAUCAAAAUUUGCCAAAAGACAUUUCUGACAGGCAUGUGUUGCUGUUGGAUCCUAUUCUUGGAACAGGAAAUUCUGCUGUCCAAGCUAUUAAUCUGCUCCUGCAGAAAGGAGUUCAAGAAUCCAACAUUAUAUUUCUCAAUCUCAUCUCUGCUCCUCAAGGGGUUCAUACUGUCUGCAAAAAGUUCCCAAGGAUCAAGAUUGUCACGUCUGAGAUAGAGUUUGGUUUGAAUGAAGAUUUUCGUGUAAUUCCGGGCAUGGGCGAGUUUGGUGAUAGAUAUUUUGGAACAGAUGAUUGCUAAGUACCAAGGGUUUUAAAGUCUUUCUACUGUAGGUUUGUGCCUGCUCAAGUUUUCGGUGAAUAAUUUAAGCUCAAAGGAACAAGAAAUGAUACCAAUUACAUUCCUUCUUAAUUUUCCGGCGUCUAUCAGCAUUUUUUGAGUUUUUGUUUCCCUUCAUUUUAGACUGAUUGGGUAGACAUUCAUUUCUCUUGAUGUUUUGUCAUGUUUUAUGAUGCCAUGAAGUCAAGUGCGCUCCAUGCAUUUCUCUUGUGUGAGUUUUAUUAAAAAAAAAAACAGCCUUUUCUCAAUGUUUUAGUUGCAAUUUUCCAAUGCCCGUAUUGCUUGAUGAAAGGGUACUUUGCAUUGGGGUUUUAAAUUUA